UAAUUCUGAUCCUCGCGUUUGGUUAGAAAAAGCAAUUGCUGAAAAAUACCUUAAAUAUUAUGAAUAUAAUGAGUUUGAUAAUAUAGAAGCAAUCAGCCAUAGUUGUUAUGGAAGUGUUUAUCGUGCAAAAUGGAAAGGUAUUAAUAUGGCUCUAAAAUAUUCAGAUAAUUCGACUAUUGAGGAAUUCGUUAAUGAGUUACGGUUGCAACUAGAAGUUCAUUAUCAUGAAAAUAUUAUCCGAUUUUAUGGAAUCUCAAGCAAACAAACAAAUAAAUAUUUGCUAGUUAUGGAAUAUGCUGAUGGCGGAACAUUGCAAUCCUAUUUGAAAGAAAAUUUUAAGAAACUUGAUACUGUAUCAUGCAUGCACAAUGAGAGAAUUGUCCAUUGUGAUUUGCAUUCACAAAAUAUACUUGUUCAUCGUCAUAAUAUAAAGCUAGCUGAUUUUGGUUUAUCAAGAAAAAUUAAUGAUUUAUUAACAGAUGCGCGUGGUGUUAUUCCCUAUGUUGAUCCACAAUAUUUGGAUAGUAUUGAAAUCAAAAGCCUAAAUGAAACUUACGACGUUUAUAGCGUUGGAGUUCUUUUUUGGCAAAUUUCAAGCGGUUACAUUCCUUUUGAAAAUGUAGAUUAUGAUGCAAAUUUGAUUAUGGACAUUAAAAAGGGACGGAGAGAAUAUGAUGUCAAAGAUACUCUUAUUGAAUAUAGUGACCUAUAUAAAAAGUGCUGGGAAAGUGAUCCAAAUAAACGACCUACUAUGCAAAAAAUUGUCGAAUCUCUUGAAGCAAUAAUUUUUGAAAACAAGAAGAUCGAUGAUACUACUUUAUACGUGGAAAAUAAAUCACAAGACCAUACAAGCGCAAGUUGUACAAGUGAUUCUACAAAUGACAUGCCUAGUGAUGAUUUUAGAUUAUGUUUAAAUCAGUCAAUGGAGGAAAAUGUGCGUAAUUCGGAUAUAAUAAAUCGAUUAGAAAAUAUGUCAAUAUUAUCUAAUAACAUAGAAAACACUAAAAUAUGGACAAGAAAAGAUAUAACAUGUACCUUAAGAAACAGACAUAGUCUAAGUAACUAUAUAAAACAAAUAAGUCAGAGAUCGUCCGAUAUUAGUGUUGAUAGGGCAAUAAGACGGAGAAUGUACCGACGAAACCAGAGAUUGUAUAGGGCUAGUCUUUUUAAUAGGGCUGGUCUUUUUAAUAGGGCUGGUCUUUUUAAUAGCUGGUUUUUUUAAUGGGGCCGAUCUUUUUAAUGGGGCCAUGGGGCUGAUCUUUUUAAUGGGGCUGAUCUUUUAAUGGGGCUGAUUUUUUUAAUGGGGCUACGUUCUACUAAAAUCCGACUGUUGGAACUGAAUGAACUUAUAAUAAAUAUUGGUUCAAUUAAUAAUCCCAAAAAACACACUGAGGUAAAAUUGGAAUUUCUUAUUGCAGUUAUGACUUACGAGUUUCGUUGUUUGACUUAACUGAUGAGUUUUCUAGAUUAGUAACGAUUAACAUGUUAACACCCCCGUUUUUUAAGCUUUUUAAUUUAUAUAAAUGAGAAAUGUUCAAGUUCAUUAAAAGAAAAUUAUGUUCACGCUUGCUAAUUUAAUACUUGAUAAUUGUUUUUUAUUCAUUAAUUUAGAAAAGAAAAUAUUUUAAAUUACUCGGCACAAGAGUAAUUGUUUUAUCAGGCUUAGAUAAUUAAAUAGAAUUUAUACAAUACGUUUAACAUAAAUCAUCAAAUAGCAAA